CGCGCGCCGCAGUCCCGGCCGGAGCGUCCCCGUCGUGGCCGUGGCCGUGGCCGUGGCCCGUUGCUCUGGCGGCGGCGGCGGCUCCGGGCGCGCAGAGGGCAGCGGGCGCCCCUCGCCCGUGGCCGCGGCCAGCAGUGCGCGCUGGGCACCCAGAGGCCAGGCUGGGCGGCUGGCAGUGCCCGGCCCUCCUCCUCCUCCUCCUCCUCCUCCUCCUCGCCUCCGCCAGCCCCGGGACUGCGGACUCCGGGCAGCCGAGCGGCCGGCGGGCGAUGGCGAGCUAGCGGCGCGGGAGCGGCCGGGCUGACCGCGCCGGACGGAGGAUGGGCCCUGCCUCGUGUCUAGGACGACCGACCCGGAUGGCGGCCGGCGAAGGGAGGAUGACCUCACAUCUCCGGCGGUUCUUGUCCACGUUUGUGCUCCUGUGUCUGAUGGAUCACGCGAGCGGCCAGAGGAAGGGCGCUCCUCGGGACCUGAAGUGUGUGACCAGUGACUUACAAGCCUGGGACUGUUCGUGGAGAGCGCCCCCUGGAGCAGGCCGCGAUGCGCUGUACGACGUUUGCAUCAAAAACAGGCCCCGUACUUGUUACCAGUUGGGGAAAACAAAUACUAAAAUCCCAGCGCUUGCACCUGGGCACUAUGAAAUCACGAUAAGCCCUCUACAGGAUUUUGGAAGUUCUAUCAGCAGAUUCAUACUGAGUGAAAGAAAUGUGUCCCUCAUCCCAGACCCUCCGGAGAUCCUGCGUUUGUCCGCCAAUUUCUCAACUUCCACAUUGCACCUGGAGUGGAGUGACAAGGGCUCUGCUUUUCCCCGUAUCGCAAACGUCCUUUGGGAAAUUAAAGUCCUGCGUACAGAGAACAUGGAACUCGUAAAAUUAGAGACCCUCCACAGCACCCUGAGCGGCGAGGACACAGUCCUCCGCUGGAGCUGGGCCUCGGACCUGCCCCUGGAGUGCGCCCCUCACUCCGUGGGCCUGCGGCGCUACAUCGACGACACACACUUCUCUGGCCGCAAGGAGUGGAGCGACUGGAGCCCCCUGCAGACCGUUUCCGGGUCUGCUGAUAUUCAGAAUAAGGCUUUUCCUCAAGACAAAGUGGUGCCUGUGGGCUCAGAUAUAACGUUCUGUUUUGUGACUCGAGAAGAAGUGUCCUCAGCACAGAUCAGCAACACAAAGUAUCCCCUUAUUCAUCUCGAUGGGGAAAACGUGGCCAUCGAGGUCCAUAACAUUUCUGUUUCUAUAAGCAGUGGAACAAAUGUGGUCUUCAUGACAAACAAAGACGUGUAUGGAACAGUUAUUUUUGCAGGAUAUCCACCUGAUAUUCCUCAGAAGCUGAACUGUGAGACCUAUGACUUAAAGGAGAUCAUCUGUACGUGGGACCCCGGGAGGCCGACAGCCUUGCUGGGCCCUCGAAGUACCAGUUACACUUUGUUUGAAAGUUUUUCUGGAGAAUCUGUUGAAUUUAAAAGAGUUGUAGCGCCCAUAAAUGAAACCUAUCAGUUAUUCUUUCAAGUGCUUCCAAACCAAGAAAUAUAUAAUUUCACUUUGAAUGCUCUCAAUCCUCUGGGUCAAUCAGAAUCAACGAUUUUCAUCAACGUGACUGAGAAAGUUUGCCCCCAUACGCCUACUUCAAUCAGAGUGAAGGAUAUUAAUUCAACAGCUGUUGCACUUUCCUGGCACUUACCAGGCAGCUUCGCAAAGAUUAAGCUGUUAUGUCAAGUUGAAAUUAACAAAGCUAAUUCAGUACGGGAAUUGCGGAAUGUCACAGUCAAAGGAGUAGACAAUUCAAAUUACCUCAUCGCCGUGGACAAGUUAAGUCCGUACACGGUGUAUGCUUUCCAGAUUCGUUGUUCUAGUGGAACUUUCUGGAAAUGGAGCAAAUGGAGCAGUGAAAAACAAUAUUUAACCACAGAAGCCGUUCCUUCCAAGGGACCGGACACUUGGAGAGAGUGGCGCUCCGACGGGAAGAAUUUAAUAAUAUAUUGGAAGCCCUUACCCAUGAAUGAAGCCAACGGGAAAAUACUCUUCUAUAACGUAUCCUGUUCAUCAGAGGAGAAAACACAGUCCCUGUCUGAGAUCCCUGACCCUCAGCACAAGGCAGAAAUCCAGCUGGACAAGCAUGACUACAUCAUCAGUGUGGUGGCCAAAAACUCCGUGGGCUCCUCGCCGCCUUCCAGGAUAGCCAGCAUGGAGAUUCCCAACGAUGACCUCAGAGUAGAGCAGACCAUCGGAACGGGCAACGGGGUCCUCCUCACGUGGAGCUACGACCCCAACAUGACCUGCGACUACGUCAUCAAGUGGUGCAACGCGUCCCAGCCGCAGCCCUGCCUCAUGGACUGGAAGAAGGUCCGCGCCCACAGCACCGAGGCCCUCAUCCAGUCGGAUCAGUUCCGCCCCGGCGUGCGGUACCACUUCUUCCUGUACGGCUGCCGGGACCGCGGCUACCAGCUGCUGCGCUCCGUGGUCGGAUACGUGGAGGAACUGGCUCCAACCGUUGCACCGAAUUUCACCGUGGAGGACACGUCCGCAGACUCCAUCCUCGUGAAGUGGGAAGACAUACCCGUGGAGGAGCUCAGAGGCUUCCUGAGAGGCUAUGUGUUCUACUUUGAAAAGGGAGAGAGAGACACCUCGAAGAUGCGAGGUCUGGAAUCAGCAGGUCGCUCCGACGUGAAAGUGAAGAACAUCACUGACCUCUCCCAGAAGACACUGCGCAUUGCCGACCUCCAGGGCAAGACCAGCUACCACCUGGUCCUGCGGGCCUACACUGGCGGCGGCCUGGGCCCCGAGAAGGGCAUGUUCGUGGUGACCAAGGAGAACUCCGUGGGGUUAAUCAUCGCCAUCCUCAUCCCCGUGGCCGUGGCGGUCCUUGUGGGGCUGGUGACCAGCGUCCUCUGUUACCGGAAGCGAGAAUGGAUAAAAGAAACCUUCUACCCUGAUAUUCCUAAUCCUGAAAACUGUAAAGCGUUACAGUUCCAGAAGGCCGUCUGUGAGGGAAGCAGUGCCCUGAAGACCCUGGAGAUGAACCCCUGUACCCCGAACAGCGUCGAGGUCCUGGAAACGCGAACCGCGGUCCCUAAGAUAGAGGACACGGAAAUCACUUCCCCCGUGGCCGAGCGGGCCCCGGACGGCUCCGAGGCGGAGCCCGAAAACCCCGUGGCCGUGUCCUACUGUCCCCCCGUCAUCGAGGAGGAGCUAGCGAACCCGGGGGCGGAGGAGGCCGCGGGCACCGCCCAGGUCGUGUACAUCGACGUGCAGUCCAUGUACCAGCCGCAGGCCCAGCCCGAGGCGGAGCCGGACGCGGAGCCGGGCGCGGGCGGCGGCUACAAGCCCCAGAUGCACCUGCCGGUGACCCCCGCCGCCGGGGACGCGGCGGCCGCCGACGGGGAUGCAGAGGGCGCCGCGGGCUACCGGCCUCAGGCCAGCGGGAACGCCUGGACCCUGGUGUCCCCGGACUCGCCGCGGUCCACGGACAGCGGCAGCGACGCCGUGUCCUUCGGGAGCCCGUGCUCCAUCAACUCCCGGCAGUUCCUGAUCCCCCCGAAGGACGAGGACUCCCCGCCGUCCAGCGGCGGAGGCUGGUCCUUCACAAACUUCUUCCAGAGCAAACCGAACGACUAGCGUGCCCCGCCCGCCCGCCAUCUCAGUAAGCUCCCGCGGCCGGGCACCCACCGGGGGGGGGGCCUGUGCCGUGGUGUCAGCGAGGCGGGCGCCGCCACGCGUGUCACACGGCAGCGGCCGCUGCUUUCCGUGUGGUCUACACACCAUGGCGGAGACUCGGCCCACACAGCUCGGGGUCUGGAGCUGUUUGUGAUUUGAGCCAAAGAGUCCGCCCUUUGUCUCCCCUCCAGAAGUAUUUCAAGCCGAACGCUGCCCAGCCCACACGUGCAAAACGGAUCCCCCGGCCACCGGCCCCUGCUCUGUCGUCCAUGGUUUUCUCAUAGGGACCCUUGACAGAAUCGCAGGCAGGUUUGCCGGCCAGGGGAACGUCAGAGCCACCGAGGGCGUGGGUCUGCCUGCCCUGGACUCCAUCCUGGAUGAACACCAAGCACAGAUCUGAAAACCUUCAACCCUUCUCCUCCCCUCUCCACGGCGCUGACAAGUCCAUGUCUUUGUUGAAUGCGGCGACGGCGAGGGAGCGUUUCGUUUGGCCCGCGUGCUGGUCGCUGUGCCUGCUGUCUAAGGGGUGUCCAUCACACAGUUUUCUCAGGGGUACACACUCGGAACAGGAGCACGACACUAAGCAGUCCGAGUCAGACUCGUCUGUCCCGCCUCUGGGGGGGAUUCUCAGUCUUCUCCGUUACUUUCCUAACUUUUCCGCUAGCUUCCCAUGUUGCUCUUGAUUGCCUGGUGUUUAAAAACGUAAGUUCCUAAGACCAGAGAUCUAGGUGGUGGUGGUGGUGGUGGUGGUGGUGGUUUUAAUUGGGUUACUUGUUGUUCCACAGUGUCAGCUGCACACAUACAUGAGCGAGUUCAACAUCACCCCUAACCAUACGAUGCCGGGGGCUUCCCGUUUGAGAUGGCUACCCCGUGGGGUCUAAUGGCAUCCGCUCUCGGCGGUGGUGACGGCUUUGGCUUCUCUGGGUCACCAGGCAGCAGCCGGGACACCUUGUGGCCGAUGUUCCUUCUGAUCGCGCCUCUUGGCUGCUCCUCUCCCUUAUGGGAUCAUCCGUCCAGACUGUUCGAUCCAGUCCUCUGUUUCUAAAACGAUAAACUGAAAAGAUCACGCUUCUUCCAGGGACAGUUACUCAAGGGCUCUUUAAGGUGAAACGUCACAAGGUCCACGUGAGUGGACGGGCACCCCUGUGUUACCGCUGCCCAGAGCCAGGGGUCCCCCGGCAGCCUCUGCCCGCCCUCGGGGUCCACAGGUGGUGUCUGGAUUGGACUUGGUUCUCAGAAAAGCAGAUGAAAAACUACAAAGUGGAUCUUGUUCUGUUCCUGCCCUCAGGUGGUCUAUGUGUUUUAUCUUUUGAUACUUAAAAGAGUACUUAAAAUUUUGAAAUAUCUUAAGUCAAGAUAUGCCUUUUUGUUUUGUUUUUUGUGUUUUUUUUUUUUUUUCUCAUCAGAGGUUCUGUGAUGUAUCUGUACAUAAUGGAUCAGUUUGGGAUUUUUCUAGCUCAUAAUGUAUCUUUAUAAAAACCAUGUGGUGG